AUGGACUUGCAAGCAGAACUAGCUUCUCGACUUGGAUUAACACAACCAAAGAUGGUAGGUGGAGUCGAUGAGGACGAGGAAGAAGCAGGAGAAGAUGAAGUAAAGAAGAGUAAAAAGGAAAAAAGAAAGAAAAAGGAAAAGAAAAGGAAGUCCAAGGAAAAGAAACCAAAGAAGGAUCAAGAUGAUCUCUUUAGUAGUCACAAAGACAGUAUGGAUGAAGAUGAAGACACACCUCUUGAAAGAGGGAGUGGUUUAUUUAGCAGUACUCAAAAGGAACGUGUGGGUAGUGAAAAAGAAGAAAAAGAAGCGAAAGAAGAAGACCAAAAAUCUAACAGUCUAGCAGUGAAAGUGAUGACAUGGGCGGAGCCACAGGUAUCAAAAAACUCCACCCAUUCAACCCAAGAAAUUAGGGGGUUGUUUUUGGACGAAGACGAGGAGGAAAGUGGAGAUAUCUUCUCUCAGCUAUCAAGUAUGAAAUCAUCCUCAAAAAUCCGAGUCUUCACCAGCACCAGCUAA